GGAGUAAGGUUAUAGGUGUCCUAAUGGGUACAAAAAGACACACAGGGGUCCUGCUCCUGCUGCUAAAUUGGCUCGUACUUUCCCUGGACUUUGCACUCUCGCCACUGGUGACCCGAAGCCCCUUCCAGGUCCCGAGGUCACGGACUUGACUUUGGCACUGCCCUGUCUGAAGUCAGCCCUGGGACUGGAGCGCUAUUCCCGAAUAGCAAGGGAAGCAAAUGCCCUGUACCAAUGGAUGGGUGAAGGGGUGGGUGGAAGGGAGGAACGGAUAGAUAUACGGACCGAAGAAUGUAUAGCCAAGCCCAGGCUUACAGACAGACAGAUCUGGCCUCAUAACUCAGCGGAGGGAAGCACAAGCACACCAGCAAGAGAGAAGCCGGAGGUCACUGCCCAGGAGUCCAGCCCUGCCUAAGUGGCAGGAGGUCCGGCUGUGGGCUCCGCCCCGCCAGCUGCCAGAGACCGGCGGGGCCUGACAAAGCGCGCCGCUCUCAUUGGCUGCAGGCUGCCUCACGGCUGGCCGCUCCGACCACGCACAGCCAAUCGGUGCAUUGACAUGUAAAUAAGUUGUUAUAAAAGGGGCGGGGCCCCGGGGGCCGGAAGACUCGGGAGAGCUAGUGGGGGCCUCCUAGCUGUGACCCACCUCGCCGAGUGGUUUGCACUGGGGCGCCGGGCGCCGGGCUCCGGGCUCCGGGCGCUGUAGACCAUGGCUCCGUCCCAGGCGCCCAGCCGGGACCGUGCAGGCCAGGAGGAUGAGGACCGCUGGGAAGCACGAGGGGACCGAAAGGCCCGGAAGCCCCUGGUGGAGAAGAAGCGACGCGCGCGGAUCAACGAGAGUCUUCAAGAGCUGCGGCUGCUGCUGGCCGGCACCGAGGUGCAGGCCAAGCUAGAGAACGCCGAGGUUCUGGAGCUGACCGUGAGGCGCGUGCAGGGCGCGCUGCGAGGCCGGGCGCGCGAGCGGGAGCAGCUGCAGGCUGAAGCAAGCGAGCGCUUCGCUGCUGGCUACAUCCAGUGCAUGCAUGAGGUGCACACGUUCGUGUCCACGUGCCAAGCCAUCGAUGCCACUGUCUCAGCCGAACUCCUGAACCACCUGCUAGAAUCCAUGCCGCUGCGCGAGAGUAGCGGCUUUCGGGAUCUGCUGGGGGACUCCCUAGCUGCUCUGCCUGGAGGCUCUGGGAGGAGCAGCUGGCCUCCAGGAGGGUCCCCUGAGUCCCCAUUGUCCAGCCCCCCAGGUCCCGGGGACGACCUGUGUUCUGACCUAGAGGAGAUCCCGGAGGCUGAACUAAACCGGGUGCCUACUGAGGGGCCAGAUUUGGUGCCUACAUCCUUAGGCAGCCUGACCGCAGCUCGCCGGGCCCAGAGUGUGUGGAGGCCUUGGUGACCAACACUUACCAGGGACCUGUGAAUGGUGGCUGCCAUCCUUAAGUUUGCUUCCUCCCUGGGUAUCAGAGGAGGUGGAGACAGCCCAAGAUGCUCCCCAGGUAUGCCCUCCCCACUCUCCAACGGAUGACUUGAAUGGCAACCCUGAUGACCAGCCCCUGCAGGUCCCUAGCACUAUUUUUUGAGGGAAUCGAUUUCGUGGAUCCUAGAGCUCUGGAUGGGGGUCGGGGGUGGGGUGGGGGAACACUACAGAAAGACGGGAGACUCUUGGAGAGCGGCCAGGGCUCCCUCAUGUUCACCUCUCCCUGCCUUUUGGGCAUUCUGGGGGAUCUAGGGCAGAAGUGGCCAAUCUUGAGACUGAGCAUUAGAGUCCUGGGCAGGGACACACAAGCCACAGCAAUCCUGGCCUGAAUAGAAGUUCAGAUUUGCUACUUUGGCUACAAGACCAGGGGAGGCGGCCAUAUUCUGCAGUCACUGAAGCUGCUCCCCGUUUGUAACACAGUUGCGCGUGUGAGUUUGGUUGCCAGUCUGAUGCUCCAACGGAAUUAAAUAAAGAACUUUGGAGUUA